AUGAAGAUCUGUGUGGCAAUUUUAUCAAUCGCCCUACUACUAGGUAACUCUAUCAAGCUUCGAGCUUCCGUUACUGGGCCGGUUCCCUCGGACGGUGAUGGUCCUGCCUCUCAGGUGUGUCAGAUGUGCUGCCAGGGACCUGCUGCUAUACCCGGCAUACCAGGUCUGCCUGGACCUGUAGGGCCGAUGGGGCCAUACGGUCAGCCGGGGUCAAAGGGCGAGCCAGGUCAUGAGGGUGAGAUUGGACCAAUUGGCCCUAUGGGUGAGCGGGGAACACAUGGGAACCCUGGGGACGACGGGAUAGGGUUGCCCGGCAAGGUAGGUCCGAGGGGUACACCAGGGUUAGUUGGAGCAACCGGUCAUACUGGCGUCAAAGGUCAAAAGGGUGAGCCAGGGGAGACACCAGACGACUCCAACCAGCAGGUGGCAUUCACCGUGAGGAGGUAUAGUGCUCCAGAUGUGUCUACGAGCAUUGACACCCGUUUGCCCUUCCAGCAGACCGCAACGCUAUUGCCGGGUACCAGCUUCGAUCUCGAGACUGGCACAUUCACGUGUAGUGUGUCGGGCACCUACGUGUUCAUGUUUUCUAUGAACAAAUAUCCUUCCAGCAGCACUCUGUACGUCCAGCUCCGGAAGAACGACGACGUGGUUGUCUCUGGCCAUAGCACUGCUUUAAGUCACUAUGAGUCGCUGUCUGGGAGCGCGGUGCUGGUUCUGCAGCAAGGAGACACGGUGUAUCUUACCAUGCGUGGCAGGGUAGGUGGUGGUUCCUCUCACGACACCUCAUUCAGUGGUUUCCUCAUUUACCCCGAAUAAAUAAAAUAUCACCACACAUAAAUACAUAAGGGCAUCGUGUUGCUGAAUACUUAAAAAUUGCAUUCCAUUUUGCGGAAAC